CCAUGUGUUUGUGUCUCCUAAGCAAGUUGUAGGCCGAGUUAGGUAGAUUCUUUCCCCCACCUCGUCACCUUCUCAUAAGAAAGAAGAAAAACCAAAAGAUGAUAUAUGCCUGCGAGCCCCUCUAUAGGCGUUGGGCUAAGAUUUCUCCAUCAAAGGGAGAGAAGAUGGUGGUGUCAAGGUCUCCAACCAGCACUCAGUUGCAAGCCUUCCGAUGGUUCUUCAUCCUCGCUUUAUUCCUCCUUGCGACGAGAGCGACAGCUCAAGCUAAGACAGAUCCAUCUGAAGUGCGAGCGUUGAAUACGAUUUUGGGAAGGUGGGGAAAGACGGCAUCAGCGGCUUGGAACAUUAGUGGCGAGCCGUGCAGUGGAGCUGCCACCGACACCACCCGCUUCGACGAUACCAGUUUAAACCCUUUCAUCAAAUGUGAUUGCAGCUACAAUAACAACACGACAUGCCACAUCACCCAAUUGAAAGUAUAUGCCUUGGAUGUGGUCGGUCCAAUACCAGAGGAGCUUCAAAAUCUCACUUACCUUUUCAAUUUGAAUUUGGCUCAAAACUACUUGACUGGUCCCUUGCCAGCAUUUAUUGGAAAUUUCACUGCCAUGCAAUACCUGAGUGUAGGGAUUAAUGCAUUGUCAGGUCCUAUACCAAAGGAGCUUGGGAAACUUCAGAAUCUUAUAUCACUGGGCAUGGGUACCAAUAAUUUUAGUGGUCCACUCCCUCCAGAGCUCGGGAACUUGACAAGUCUACAACAAUGGUACACGGAUAGUUCUGGAGUCAGUGGUGAAUUACCAUCCACAUUGUCGAAACUAAAAAGCUUGCAGAUCCUGUGGGGAUCGGACAACAGUUUCACAGGCAAAAUACCUGAGUUUAUUGGGAGCUGGACAGACCUAACAACUUUGAGAUUCCAAGGAAACUCUUUUGAAGGUCCAAUUCCUUCAAGUUUUUCUAAUCUCGUCAAAUUGACUGACUUAAGGAUAGGUGAUAUAAUAAAUGGGAGCUCUUCUUUGGGCUUUAUUGGUAAUUUGACAUCUUUGACAAACUUGAUCUUAAGGAAUAGCAAGAUAUCUGAUACUAUUCCAUCAAACUUUGAACAGUACACAAAUUUACAGAAGUUGGAUUUGAGCUUCAACAACAUUACAGGCCAACUCCCUCCAUCACUCUUCAAUUUAAGUUCACUCAAUUACUUAUUUCUGGGGAACAAUAGCCUAUCUGGAAAUUUGCCGACUCAAAAAAGCACAUCACUUAGCAAUAUAGAUUUAUCAUACAAUCAACUUUCAGGACAAUUUCCUUCUUGGGUUAGCCAACAAAAAUUGCAGCUGAACUUGGUGGCCAACAAUUUCGUAAUUGAUAGUUCCAACGGCAGUGUUUUGCCUUCAGGAUUAAAUUGCCUUCAGCGAGGCAUGCCAUGCUAUCGUGAUUCUCCAAUCUAUUCUUCCUUUGCAAUAAAUUGUGGUGGUAGUAAAACCAUUACAGCUUCUGAUGGAACUGUUUAUGAAAUUGAUAAUGCCACUGUCACCACAGCGUCAUACCAUGUGACUGACACUACUAACUGGGGUGUUAGUAGCGUUGGAAGCUUUGCAGACUCUCCAGAUGCUAACUAUAUAAUUAGCAUCUUAUCUCAAUUUGAAAAUACUCUGGAUCCGGAAUUGUUUCAAACUGCAAGGCUAUCACCAUCAUCCCUGAGAUAUUAUGGCAUUGGGCUUCAGAAUGGAAAUUACACCGUAAAGCUACAAUUUGCUGAGACUGCAUACCUCAAUCCACCUUCAUGGAAGAGCGUGGGAAGGAGGGUUUUUGAUAUUUAUAUACAGGGGGCUCUCAAAGAGAAGGACUUUGAUAUAAGAAAAGAAGCUGGUGGGAGCUCUUUCGUAGCUGUUGUGAAGGAGUUCACAGUUCCAGUAACCAAAAAUUUCCUUGAACUCCAUUUCUUUUGGGCUGGAAAGGGUACUUGCUGUGUGCCUACUCAAGGAUACUAUGGCGCAUCCGUUUCAGCUAUCAGUGUUUCUCCUCAUGAUUUCACUCCUACAGUACCUAACAAACUACCAACUAAGAGUUCAACCAAGAAACAUACAGGUUUGAUUGUGGGGAUUGUAGCUGCUUUGGCUGGUUUAGGAUUGUUGGCUAUUUUUGGAACUUUCAUAUGGAGACAGAAGAAAAGAAGGCUAAGCAUGGAGGAUGAAGAGUUGUUAGGAAUGACCACCAGAGCAGACACUUUCAGUUAUGCUGAAAUGAGGGCUGCUACAGAUGACUUCCGUCCUUCAAAUAAGCUGGGAGAGGGAGGAUUUGGGCCUGUAUUUAAGGGCAAACUGUCUGAUGGGAGAAUCGUGGCUGUAAAGCAACUUUCAGCAACAUCUCACCAAGGAAAGCGCCAAUUCAUGGCAGAGAUUGCAACUAUAUCUGCAGUACAACACCGGAACCUUGUGAAAUUGUAUGGUUGCUGUAUUGAGGGUGACAGGCGUCUCUUGGUUUAUGAGUACCUAGAAAAUGGAAGCCUUGACCAAGCAAUCUUCGGGAACAGUAAUUUGCACCUUGAUUGGCCUAAACGCUUUGAAAUAUGUUUGGGUGUAGCAAGAGGUCUAGCAUACCUGCAUGAGGAAUCAAGUGUGCGUAUCGUCCAUAGAGAUGUCAAAGCCAGUAACAUUCUUCUUGAUGCUGACCUAAACCCAAAGAUAUCAGAUUUCGGUCUAGCUAAACUCUAUGAUGACAAGAAAACUCACAUUAGCACAAGAGUCGCUGGUACAAUUGGUUAUCUCGCACCAGAGUAUGCCAUGAGAGGGCAUCUUACAGAAAAGGCUGAUGUGUUUGCAUUUGGGGUUGUCGCACUCGAGAUUCUUUGUGGACGGCCUAAUUCGGAUUCAAGCCUCAGUGGAGAGAAGGUCUAUCUUCUUGAAUGGGCUUGGUAUCUGCUUGAAAACAAGCAUGAGUUGGAAAUGGUAGACCCUAAACUUACAUCCUUCAACAAGGAAGAGGCUGCUCGAGUUAUCAAUGUGGCUUUUCUUUGCACCCAAGCAACACCAAUGCUGCGACCGCCCAUGUCAAGGGUGGUGGCGAUGUUGGUAGGAGACAUCGAAGUGAGUGAGGUCAUAACGAAGCCUAGUUACUUAACGGGAUGGACUGAUGUUAGCAGCAGCGUUGCCAGUGACUACUUCUCUGGAACCUCAACACUAAGACCUACAAAUAGCCAAGUUAGCAUGCCAUCAAAUGGAAGCACAUCACAAGAAAUAUGCAGCAAAUCUUCUCCCUCCCAACUACUGAUGGAUGAGAGCAUUAGUGAAGGAAGGUGAUUGUUGCACGUCUGUUAUCCUAUAUCCUGAUGCUUUUGUUGGAGCAAAUCUUAAGAAAGAACCAGUAAGAACCAGCAAACCCUGAUACUUAUGUCUAUAUCAAAAUCAUAUUUCCAGUAUUAUAUUUUUUUGUGUGCGCGUGUGUGUAUAUAUAUACAACUUCCAAUUAUCAAAAUCAUAUUUCCAGUAUCAUACUUAAGGCUUGUGAAACUUUUUUCACCAA